UGGCGCUCACCUCUAAAGUAGCGCUAAAAUGCUGGAGUCGGUUCUUUGCACGAGUGUCACAAGUAUAGCGACGAGAUGCAUAAAAACAAAAGCGCAAACGUUGUACUUUUCCAGAUGACCUCAGCGCUGAUUGUAGCGUGUUUUUUGGUGUACAAGGCCGACUGUUAUCGUCUGAAGAAAGCAGACAGAAGAAAAUAUUCACCUGAGGGCCUCAGGCGGGGUAAGAUUGUGUUUGGGGAGGUUCUUCAUGGGGAUCCCCCUUUGUUGGAAGAAAAAUCCAAGAAGGCAAACAUUUCUGUCCAGGAUGAGGCCGCUUAUCAAGCUGAUUCUACUGGCGACUGGGCUGUAAGCCCAAUACCACUAAAGCCACCCACAUCCCAGGAGGCUUCAUUGAGACGCUUGACAUCUCUACAGUGUGGAGAUCACCACAUGAAGCUCAGUGUGAAGACCCCAUGGCUCUCCCAUAUGACAGUGCAGCAAGCUCCAAACGCACCUCCAUUGCCGUUGCCCCUGGUGCCCUUAAACUGCGGUUACAUUGUGCAUCGAAAUACCCUCGGAUUCCUCAUCUACGUUCCUUAUGGUGGUUGUUACAUGCUUCAACAGGCUGGAAGUUACGUUCUUCCAAUGCAUUGGCAGGGAAUUCCAGUCUUGCUAAUGUGCACCAAACAUUCUCCGACUGACGCCCCGAAGGUCGCAGCCCCACUUCCAACCAAGGUGCCAAAUAUGGGCCAUGUCCCCAAGGUGCCCCCUAUCCCCAGAGGUCCAGGCUCUCCUUUAGGCAUCUGGUCUCCAAAUGACCCUCAUGGCCUGUCCCAAUCCCCUUUUUGGCCCAGGUCCCACUCUCCUCAUCCUGUGCCUCAUGUCCCCAAGUGGCCCUUUGUUCCCAAUUGGCCACCUGUCCCUCACCCUGGACUUCAGAAGCCCCCAUUGCCAAAGGACCCCAUGUACAAUUACAGGCUGCCUGCACCCCACAACCCCUAUAUGUCUCAUUACCCAGUCAUGCCGCACAUGCCUUACGUACACAAUAUGCCUAGGCCAUACCAGGUUCCCAAUGGAAUGGCAGAGUAUCCUGUCUACAACCCAUCCCUCUGGAACUUCCCAGAACAUAAGCCACGAUCUGGGAACUCCAAACAAAAUGAUCCUGGUAAAUCGGCAACUCUCUUAAAAUUUCCCCAAGGUCCUCAAACUACUCUUGCUCCAAUGAAGACGACUAUACCUGCACCGACUACGGCAGCACCAGCGACAGACACCACUGCGUUACCAUACAAUCCGUUGUUCCAAUACCCACCUGAGCUUAUGCACUAUAUCUCUUAUGAAGACUUGCUUGCUGCAAUGUAUGCCAAUCAGCAAAAAUAGCUCAAAUAAAUUUCCUUGGAACGUG